UUGAUGGAAUGGAUACCUGUUUUUGUUUUCGUAUUGCAAUCCCGGUUCGUAUAAAAGAAACUUAUCGCUUACUGGGAGAACUCAGUACCUGUAGAUUUCAGAGCAUGUGUGCAAUAGUUUACAGUGCCGGAAUGGCAGUACGUUUGCUUUCCAGGUUCAUUCUCCUAAUUGAAGUUUUGACAACUUUUUCAGCGCGGCGACAGCUAGACAUUAUUCUUGAGCCUGGAACUCGUACCGGUUUUUCAAAUUGAACUCAAGGCAAACCCGACCAACCACUCUAAGUUUCUUUAUGAAACGAAAACGAUCGCUAUCGUCUAGUAUUGAAUCAAUAUCAGUUGUUAUCGUUUCAUAAAGGAGCAUGAAGAGUGGUUGAUCGGGAAGGAACACAACAGUAUGUAUCAUAUAUGUUCAACUGUUUUUCAUUUUCGACAUGCAGUCUUACUAUAACCCCGAUAACUCACCGCGAAACAGUGUUUUUCUCAAAACAACCAUAUUAUCCUAAGCAGACGCUUUAAUAUGCCGCCCCUGGGAAAAGCAGUAAUGAACUUUUUUUGUUUUCAUAACUCAACUUUUUUCGAAAUUUUUGUUUGUAACAAAAUGCGCCCAGUACCGCGUGACGGUUUCGGACCCGGCAAACAGGACUGGGGCUUCACAGAGGUUCGACCCGGAGCCCACAUGUUCUGGUGGUUGUACUACACUACCGAUGGGAACGUGCAGCACUACGCGGAUCGUCCAUUGCUAGUUUGGUUGCAAGGAGGACCCGGAGUUUCAUCAACUGGCUACGGUAACUUUGAAGAAAUUGGACUACUGGAUAGCAACCUGCACGAUCGACACCACGCAUGGGUGAAAAAAUUCAAUGUUUUAUUCGUGGAUAACCCUGUUGGAACCGGAUUCAGUUAUGUGGAGAGUAAAGCUUUGCUGACAAAAGAUAACAAAGAAAUAGGACAAGAUCUGGUGAUAAUGAUGCAACACUUUUAUCGUUUGCACUUCCAUGCGUCGCCGUUACAUAUAUUCUCUGAGAGUUACGGCGGUAGAAUGGCAGUUGAAUUUGCCUACGGGUUGGACAAGGCUACUAAGCAAGGUGCAAUUAACUGCAAUCUCAAAUCAGUUGCUCUGGGCGCACCCUGGAUAUCACCGCGAGAUUCUAUCCUAUCAUGGGGACCGUUUUUGUUUAAUUUAGGUUUCGUAGAUACCAAAGGAUUUGAAACCAUCCAAAAAACAGCUGAGAGUGUUCAAGGUCUUGCCCAAAAAAACGAUUACAAAAAUGCGAUUGCGCUUUGGCGCAAUUUGGAACAAGUGGUAUCGAAUGCUACAAUAAAAAUAGAUUGCUACAAUGUUCUAACUCCACAGCUAUACAUUGAACAUUAUUUACAGGAUAGAUACGAAUUGCCUAAUUAUAAUAUCAAUAAAACAGAGAGAGGAUUAUCUUCGGAAAAAGAUCACCUUGAAGGAUUGAUGAGAGGUCCUGUCAGUACUGCAUUAGAGAUCCCUGACCAAGUGUCGUGGGGUGUACAGAAAACGAUUGUCUUCAAUGCUUUAGCAGAUGAUUUCAUGAAACCUGCAGCAGAGUCCGUGGAACUGCUAUUGAAUGACACUUCACUUGAAGUGAUAAGCUAUACGGGACAGCUGGAUUUGAUAGUUAGUACACCUGGCACAGUGAGAUGGGUAGAAAACUUGCGCUGGUCAGGUAAGAACGGUUACUUGCAGGCACCCAGGUUGGGAAUCUGGGUUAGUGGGUUUUUAGAAGGAUACACAAAGAGUUACGGUAAAUUAUCUAUUUAUUGGAUUAUUAGGGCGGGUCAUAUGGCCCCUGUGGACAAUCCAAUGUGCAUGCAACAUAUUUUGCAGAAGCACCUGGGCAUUUGAAAGCGAAUAGAAUUUUCUCUACAAUAAAUGUCGAUUGAAAUCACGAUGAAAUUUUUAUUUAGGUUUUUAAUACUACUGAACAAUUGUUUUUAAAUGUGCCCCUAUUUGGUCUAACGAACUUUUAUUUAUAUCUAUCAAUCCCAGCGUUAUAACGAACUCGUCAGUUUUGUCAAUAAAAUUCAUUAAGUACCUGAUAGCAGCUUCGGCCUCGUCAGACGCGGCCCCGAAUGUGUGCUUUAUUGAAUAUAUCCUAUUUCCUCCAUUUGCACAUGCAGCAGAUCCUGCGUUGAGAUCGCCAACAGCAGCGUGAUUACGCACAGUGUAAACAUUAGUCACCUUUUGUCGUUGGGUGAUCAGCAGGAACGAUUUGUUUGCAAACCGGUGAUAAACUAUAUCGGUUGCAUGAUUACCAAUUUGGAAUGUUUCGACAUGGUCGAAAGCUUUUUCGUUUGUCAUUCCACUAUUGACAACAAAUUUGCCACUAAAAGAUGGGUACCAGUUUGGAGAUCAGAACUGCUUAACAAAUUAAAAAUGUCAUGGAUUU